AUGGAUUCCUCAGAAAGCGACAUCUCUACCGACACUUCAGAUUCAUCCUCAUCGGCAGACUCAAUAUCUGCGGAUUCCAGUGCGCAGAACCUUUGGAAGAUGAGUGAGACAGAAGGCAUGACUACCGCUCUUGGCACGGACGAUUCCGACUCAGAUAUUUCCAUGUCUGCUGAGACCGACGACGAGCAAGAGGCCGACCCCACUCCAUCCUCUCUACCUACGAACCCGACUCCACAGACCACGGAACAAGCAACAGAAUGGGAGAUAUCCAAGCAGAAUUCGGAAGCAUCCAGGAAGAGGAAGUUUUCCGACUCUUGCAAGCCCCCAGACGGACAAUCUAGGAAUGGGAUGGCCAACGAUGUCCGGAAGCGCUACAGAGUUGACAAUGAGCCCCAAUGCUACCGGACUCCUGAUGGCCGUCUGCUGGGUAACAAGUCACUUCUGCCUGCGGAAAUAUGGCACCAUAUAUUUUCUUUUUGCCCUCCAAGAGGUCUAGGUCGGUUGUUGCAAGUCAACAAAUCCUUCAAUACCUACCUUGAUCCAUCUGCGACAGGUUUAUCUAUCAAGCCACUUUCGACAUCCGCGCUUCAUUUGUUGGCCCCUGACAGUAUAUGGCGUGCAUCCAGGCAAGCUUUCGUACAACGUGGUUUACCUGCACCUCUCGCUGGAAAAUCUGAACUGGCCAUGUGGAAACUUUUAUGUGGUUCUGCAUGCCAAUUCUGUAACAAGAUUGGAGAAGGCCCCCCAUCUCCUAUGGAUCAAUGGCAUCCUGGCCCAGGUGAGAGUGGGGUCGCUCCCGUCUGGUUAUUUGGUAUUCGUGCCUGUGGCUCGUGCCUCCAAGAACACUCUACAAAGGAAAUCGACUUGCUGCUCUCCUCCACCAUACCAUCGCCACUGAUGGCUGCACUACCGUUUGUUUUUCUCACAAAUGAACUUCAUCUCCUGUCGGCAGCGACUCUCCAAAGUGGACAGCACCCUCCUUCUAUUCAGAUCACGAAAUUCUUCUUCAAAGUCCACGUCGAUGAAAUCAAAAGGGAAUUCGAAGAUGUAAAAGCCAUGGGAUCUGCCACUGCUGAGGAAUGGUUGAAGGGUUUAGAUGGUCGUGGCAAGGAACGAAGAAACGAUGCAGCUCGCUGGGAAAGAUGGGAGCUGGGAGGGGGGAUGGAACGACUUCGUGAUAUACACCCACAGCAGCCGACAAAUCCUUGCCCUCCUCCGAUCACACAGCCGAAAAACGUCAGCAAUUUUCCAGCACACCCUGGUCCAAUUCCGAGCUUCGCGACACGACAUCCAUCUCAUUUACCGCACCCUGUGCAGAAUGGCUUUGUGAAAAAACCCCCUGCUCGAUUCGAUUCGCCCGCACAAAAUGGAUUUGCACAUUUCACUCCACGUCCUCAGUCUCAAGCUAAACACGAGAGAACCAAAGAGGAGGUUGCUGAACUGAAAGCAGCGCGCAGAGCUGAAAUCGAAAGACGUUGCUUACUUCUUGAGCCCCCUAUAACACCUGCAGUCCUAGCUCACAUGCCAUCAUUUCAGGCUGCCAUUCAGAUUAUCCAACCCUUGGUGGAUAGCUCCUGGGAAGUAUUGAAGCCGAGACUCCUUUUCCAGCGUGAGGAUGCCGAACAGCGAGAAAAUGAGCGACUUGCUCAGACCCGAGUGGCUCAAAAGCGUUCCGACGAACGUCGCUUUCAAGACUUGCAAUCCAGGUCGGGCUCCAAGGAUUUGGCCGAAACGGAGUGGGAUAACGUUCAAGCCCCUUUGCGAGCCCGCAUAGCUGCUUAUGCUGAUGAGAUGAUUCGUGACGGCUGGAAUGGAGGUGAAAAGGUAACCUACGAAACAAGUCCCUUGUUUGCCGCAGAAGUUUUGAUCUAUGUUCGCAAGAGAUUCUUUGACGAAGUUUCCAAGGAAGAAGCAGAUGUUCGAGCCACUGGAAGAGAGCCUGAAACGGAGCCACUCAACGGACCUUUCACUCGCAAGCUCAUCUUGGAGAACAUGAAGUGGGUUUUCGACACCAAGAUCAAGCCACGCACCGAGCAAUACCGUAAGGAGCUUUUUCUUUGCAACGCAUGCGAGUAUGCCAAUAAGUAUUACGGCUUUGAAGGUGUUAUUCAACAUUAUGCAGCCAAGCACACCAGCGCACUAAGUGUUGGAAGUGUCGUUGUCCAUUGGAAAUCUGAAUGGCCGGAGAUACCUCCAUUCAGUCCGAAUCCAAACAGCGCUGCUGCGAAAUACUAUCCAGCUGCACCAAGUGCCAGCAUUCCAUACACAAGCACCGGCUCUUCUAUGCCACAAAAUUAUGGAUAUGGUGGGUAUCCUCCUCCAGUCUCUACUCCGAUGCCGGGUGCCAAUCCGCAUGUCUAUCAGGAGAGUCCGGGUCCUUACUACGGUCAUCCGAAUUUCGGCGACCAGUACUCUGGACAACAGAAUGGACCUUAUGCCCCGCCUCCUCAGCCAUACCAAGACCCUCCUCAAGUGUAUCAACCCCCACAGUAUUCAGUUGCGCCUCAGCCGUCUGGUGUCCCGGGGUACAACGAUGCUCCCCAAGACUAUUCACAAAAUGGGUAUGGAACACAGUAUCAACCACCUCAGCAGGAUAUUUACGCAUCUUCCAAUCCUGGAAUAAUGUACCCAUCUGCAGCCCUUGAAGUUCCAGGACAGCAAGCGUCUUAUGACUCCGCGUCCAGCCAAUAUAGAUCAUACAAUCAGCAGCCGACAUAUCCCACGAAUGAGUUUGCUCAACCACCCCAGAAGACCGAACAGUAUAUGGCCCAGCUUCAAGAUCUGGCACGGAACGCUCGCGAGAUUUGGAACUCCAUUGGAAGCAUCAAAGAAAUCCCAGGAAAUCUCAAAGUUUACACCAUCAUCUAUCAUGUGCUAAAGCGCUUCCGCGAGUCUUACCAGGAGGAGCCGCCACUCUCGAUGAUGGUUGAUGGAUUGACCAGCAACAAGGAUAUGCGCCCAGUCCGCAACAUAAAUGGAUUGCUUUGUAAAGCAUGCACUCUGGCUAUGGCGGGAUCCACGUCCGCUCCACAGAAGAAGCAUUUCUCUUUCCCCCAGCUUGUCAAUCAUUUUCAUUCCGUCCAUGAAUUAGGAGCUGCUAGGAGCAACUACGGGCAGGUUCCUGACUGGACCAAGGAUAUGGUUGUUCUUCCUGAUCUUGCUAAGUUAAGAGCGGUGGUCAAUGCUCCCGGGAUGAAUGACAAAAGACUCGCACUUUUUACGGAAGCGGUGCCAACGAUCAUUCGAGUUCCUGACUCCCCGGCAACCGAUUUGCACCGAAAAAACGACCCUCCAAGCGAAUAUCCUUUAAAGGCUUCUUCCCAAGACAACCACGACAAUUAUUACACUGCCGCCAAAAAUAUCUCUUUGAGAAAGGCAAACGUCUUUGACAAUGGCGAGUAUGAUCCCAGAAACCCAGGUGAGCUUCUGGUGGAGCCAAGACCACAGUACGCGCCCCCGAAGCAAAGCCGACAACCUCUAGGGCAGGAGCUGCCAAGAGCUGAGCGGCCUGUCUCUAGCUACCAGCUUUAUGACAACGAAUUACCCGGGGAGCCUUACGGAAAUCAGCCUGAUCGAUCGAUCAAUGAGCCAAGACCCUCUUCGGCUUCUCAACCGAUUCCAGCGCCAGGCUAUGCUCGUGUCAUUUCGCGUGAUGAUUCACCGGUACUAGUGGAGAGACGCGUUCGAUAUCACGAUGCACCGGAUCUUGAAUAUCAUGCUCGACGAGAACCUCACGUUUCAACUUACGAAGAGCCAAGAAUGGUUCAUCCAGAGAGAGACUACCGAUCUUUGAAUACAAGAUCUUUCUAUUCCAAUGGACGUGAGCAACCGCCACCCGCUAUUCAUGCACCCGAAGCAACCCAAUCAAGGCCAAAUAAUGCUGCCACUCCCCAACAGAGCAGGAUUCAUGAUGUCGUUGCACAAAUUUCUCAACAAGCGCAGCGGGUUCGAGAGCAGCAACCUACCAAAGAGGAGGCCGAUGGCGGAUCCGAAGAUGGUGAGUUGCGCGCCGAUGAUGAUCCAAAGGCCGCGAGAGCUCCAAAUCUGCAGUCCGAAGAGGCUAGCAACGCAGCCGAUCGAUUUUUGGAGCAACUUCGAUCGGGCGAGUUCUCAGCUGAAACUAUGAAACACGUCGAUCCAGCUUGGCGUAAGGACGAACGACGGCCAGAGUGGGAUGAUGGACGAGGUGAGGGCGCAAGAGUGUAUCGGGCACCUGCUGGGCCGCCAAGGCAAUUACGUGAAGGUUUUGAGGAAGAUUAUCGUGGCCACUCGGAUAGGAGGCGCUUCGUAAAUCCUGAUGAGAACUUUGGGGGGUACAUCGUUCAUGAGCGUGCUCCAGCUCCGAGAACCUUGCGGACACAGACUUUCGAAGAGCGUCACGUCAGCACAGCUCCUGAGCCUGAAGGAAGCCGAGGCCGAUCUCCUGAGCUGGUUGAUCGACGUUACAAACUGAACAACGUCAUCUAUCGUGACGAGAAACAAAACGGUCAAGGCACUCAUCGAACACCAAGCAGGUAUGCCCGGUACGCGAGUGUCCGGCUAGAGAACGAUCGCGCCCGAUCGAGGUCGCCAGUAUACUAUAAGGUCGGCACACAUCCUGGACAGUACAGAGAGAUGAGUCCGGGACCACACCCUGCUCAUGCCCUGCGCCCGGAGCCAGUCUACCGCUCACGAACACCUCAUCAAGGUACCGAAGAUGCCGUGUUCGAGAGGCCACCUCGCCAGGAAUACUAUCGUGUUUACGCCGAUGAACCUCGACCACGCGAACCUCAAUAUACAGAGGCCUUUGAAUAUGUCAGGGUCUCGGAUCCACAAGGAGAUUACAUGAUUCGCAGACCAGUUCGCCGCGAGCCCGAACCCGUCUACGCUGCUUUCCAAGACGACGUUUAUGGUCGACCGCCGGUAUACGAGAGUCGUGCUCACCCACCUGCUGCUUCGCGUGCAGAACCUCCGUUCUACGAGGAAGAAUACGAUCCCCGUCAUCCAGCACCUCCGCCGCAGCAUAUUAGGUAUUAG